GCAGCGAGCGUGUCUCAGAAAAAGGUGCCUCGUUCCACCGCACCACCACCGCCCGGGCGGCCACUCCGCUUCCACUGACGCGCCCCUGCCAGCGUCCAAAGCUUCCCUUCACCUCAAGAUAAGGAGAUCGCAACAUCUCGGGGCCACCCCCAAUCUCCACGACGCCCCCCCGCACUUAACCCCAUCGCCGCCAAUGGCCAUGGCCUUCCACCCCCUUGCCGCCUCGCGCGUCCGCCUCGCCCCCCUCCUUCCCGCCGCCGCGCCCUCGUCCUCCUCCGUCGCGGCGCAUCACCACCACCACCGGCGCCGCUUUUCCGCCAUCGUGGCCACGGCGGCGCCCGCCUCGGCCCCCACGGUAUUCGACUUCAACACCUACAUGGGGGAACGCGCGGAGACGGUCAACCGCGCGCUGGACGCGGCAAUCCCCGCGGGGGAGCCCCCCGCGGCGCUGCACGAGGCGAUGCGGUACUCGCUGCUGGCGGGCGGCAAGCGGGUGCGGCCCGCGCUGUGCCUCGCCGCGUGCGGCGUCGUGGGCGGGCGGGAGGCGUGGGCGCUGGCCCCCGCCGCCGCGGUCGAGAUGGUGCACACCAUGUCGCUCGUCCACGACGACCUGCCCUGCAUGGACGACGACGACCUCCGCCGCGGCAAGCCCACCUGCCACGUCGUCUACGGCGAGCCCAUCGCGGUCCUCACUGGGGACGCGCUGCUCUCGCUCGCCUUCCACCACGUGGCCAGCGUCGGCUCCUACCCGCCGGACGUCGACCCGGAGAAGCACCCCGCCCGCGUCGUCCGCGCCAUUUUCGAGCUCGCGCGCUGCAUCGGCUCAGAGGGCCUCGUCGCCGGCCAGGUUGUGGAUCUUGAGAUGACUGGCACAUCUGAAGUUGUGCCCCUAGAACGCCUGGAGUACAUCCACCUCCACAAGACUGCUGCAUUGCUUGAGGCCUCAGUGGUCAUUGGGGCAAUCAUCGGCGGUGGCACGGAUGAGCAAAUUGAGCGGCUGCGGAAAUAUGCGAGGUCAAUAGGGCUUCUGUUCCAGGUGGUCGAUGAUAUACUUGAUGUGACCAAGUCGUCGGAAGAGCUAGGGAAGACAGCAGGGAAGGAUUUGGCAACCGACAAGACUACAUACCCUAAGUUGUUGGGGUUAGAGAAGUCAAGGGAGUUUGCAGAAAAGUUGCUUUCUGAUGCAAAGGAGCAGCUUGCUGGUUUUGACAAAGAGAAGGCAGCACCUCUGUUGCAUUUGGCCUACUAUAUCGCCCAUAGGCAGAACUGAGGUGAUGCUUACUCUGUUGUUGUUCUUGUUGAUCUGUAACUUUGUAAGGUCAUUGGACUUGGGUUUCAGAAAUAUCCGAAUCAUCAUGUGAUGUAUACUAGCUGUAGCUUUCUACCUUGGUGUAAGGAGGCUAUUUAGUUGAAAAUAUGAAUAUCAAAUCAAAUUAGUUAAACCUGAUUGAAACCAA